CGCAAGUUUGACGGCUCAACUUCUGCAUCUAAACCCGCUAUGGCUUCUCAUCUCGCGAAUAUCUUUGGCACUGAACAAGACCGUGUCAAUUGUUCAUUCUACUACAAGAUUGGUGCUUGCAGGCACGGAGACAGGUGUUCUAGAAAACACAUCCGACCCCCCUUCUCCCAGACCAUACUACUCCCUAAUGUGUAUCACAACCCCGCCCACGACCCCGUUUGCAAAUUGACAGAAAAGGAGCUGCAGGAAGGGUUUGACGCAGUCUAUGAGGAUUUGUACUGUGAGCUAGCAAAAUUUGGUCAUCUUCUCGAAUUACAUGUCUGCGACAACGUCGGUGACCAUUUAAUUGGUAAUGUAUAUGCUCGAUUUGAAUGGGAGACGGAGGCACAAGCCGCAGUGGAUAAUUUGAACGACCGAUGGUAUGCAGGGCGACCACUUUAUGCAGAGCUCUCGCCUGUGACAGACUUCAGAGAGGCGUGCUGCCGACAAAACGAGAACGGCGAGUGUAACCGCGGAGGUUUCUGUAACUUUAUGCAUCUUCGUUUGGCUUCCGCGGAUCUGGUGCGCUCCCUUAAGCAUGGCCAACGUCUCCAGAGAAAGAUCAAUCCUCCAAAGACUGCUGGCGGAGGCGGUGGCUGGGAACCGCCAAGCAGAAGAGAGGGCGGUCGGGGCCGAAGCGCAAGCCCUCAUCGACGGGGUGGCAAUAGCGGCGAGGACCGAUGGACACGGAAGUAGGGAGCUGGCUUGGCAUCACGGCUAUCGAAGGCUUCGACAGCCUUGCAGUUCAAAACGGAGGUAUACUUUCCUCCUAUCAAGCUUCAAGGAAGACUAGGACAUAAAUCUGCUUUUGCGCACUGCCAUGACCUGGCGCCGUAUAGAUUGAAUGUAGCUUCUUGUCCCGAUUCAGUGCCGUUAUGAAGCUUUUAUAUUUAUCUACGAAUAUCAGAAAGCUCGACGUAAGGUAGAAUGGAUCAAUAUUGCACAUUACCCCCACUAGUCACCAGCAUCUUUUUGUGUCCAUCAAUUGGAUUGCAAGGUUCACAUCAAAACAUUCUGCCAGUUUCUGCCCUUUUGCCACGAUCUUCAGUGAACGGUAAUGUUCUCCCUUUGAGGGGGCCUUCGUGUUGGCAGGGACGCAAUGGCACCUAUACACAGUACCAAGUUGCCAUCUGCGCAUGAUUUCAGUGGUCUCAAUCAAGAAGCUCUAAACAAGCCAGCCACGAUAUCUCGCGCGGCCAUAAUCCCGCGCCAAGUCUGGCCAUUGUACAACGAAGCAGUCUACUAGAUUGUAAAGGAGAUACCCGGAAAGCGACAACGAGCGGACGCGCGCGAAGGAUUCGACAUAUAUGACCCUUGGGCUCGGUAAGCCAAAAAAUCUGUUCAGAAUAACAGCAGCGCAGACUGGAACACACGUUCCAGGACCGUUCAGGAUGAGGACAUCAGCAAAGGGUCGCCGGGAAGCCCUUUUCCGUAAGAAUGGAGAUACACAGAUAAGAUAGAUGCAGCUCAAAAAGGAGUAAAGGGCGGUCGGAGGGGUGGUCAGAAGUGAUUGGUGCACUUGUCGGGCGCGAGGUAUAAUCAAGGUUCGGUAUGCACUUUCGGCGAUAUCAUAUUCUUCAGGUCGCUCGGCGGCUUUGAGAGUUUCAAGUGAAGCGGCUUUUUCGGCACUGAGGGUAUCACCUUGGCUGACCACGUAAGUUCGUGGGGAAUAGCGGGCAAAAUCGAGGGAGGAAACCAAUUGGAGCGCCUCGCUAGUAUGACCACCUGAACCAAGGAAGACUGCAAGGCUGCAGGUGGACUGGUCCACAGUCCGUUUCAAGGGCCCAUGUCGCCGAGAGCGAAACCCAGGUACUACGGAGUAGAGCCUCGCAGCAGCAAGCAAACAGAUGCAAAGAACAUAUGCAAAAGUGUACAUCUUGAUUGUUGAACGAAUUAUAGUUUGAUGACGAUGCGAAUUUGAGAGCCUACUACGCGUGCUCAACAGUUAGUUGGUGCGCAUAUGCCAGCCCAAGUCAUAGACCGCGACCGCCAGCAAAGCGAAGUUAGAUCCAGACUGGAGUGGUCGUCGU